AUGAAGGAGAUUGCGUCGAGGAUUCCAAAGCGUAAGGCUGAGCCGACGCCGUUCGCCGGGAAGAAGCUUCGAUCACUUCCUUCACGCCGGAAGAGAGAUCAAAUCUCUCCAGCUCCUAUCCAUCCACCUCUCUGCCUCAAGGAAACAGGAGUCUCCACUACUUCCAUCGAUUCCUCCUCCAAUUUGUUCUCUUCAGUCGACGACAACGUUUCAUGCGGUUCUAGCCGAGUCGAGAAGAGCUUGAAGAAUCUAAUCGAAGAGGAAGAAGAAGUUUCUAGACCUGGUAACGAUGUGAAGGAGGAGACGAAGUUUCGGAGGAUCACUAGAUCAUACUCUAAGCUAACCAAGGAGAAGGACGGAGACGAGAUUGAAGUAAGCGAAUCGUCCUUCACACGAUCCGACGUGACAUUUGCCGAGAGUAAGGAGAGCGACGUCGUUUCAUUCGUUUCGGCUGUGGUGGAGUCUUGCUCGAAACUCGAAGAAACUGAAAUCUCCAAACCGAGUGGAUUCGUGGAACUGAAGCCGGAGGUUGAGACAGUUGGAUUCGUCUCCGAUCUCGCUUGCACGGAGACGUUCUCGGGGGAAGAUGUUUCUGAGUAUUACGAGGACGAGUCAUCGGAGAUAUUUUCACUCGAUUCAUCGGAUUACACUCCGUCGAUGUUUUCCGAUUCCGGAAGCGAAUUCUCUGAGAAAUCUGGCUCUGCUUCUCCUAUUUCACAUUCUCGCUCUCUCUACCUUCAGUACAAGGAACAGUUCUGUAGAUCCACGAUUCCCAACGAUUUCGAAUCUUCUCGCCAUGAUCAAAACCGUGAAACUCAGCCUGAACUGAUAAGGUUUGAAGAUGAAGAGGUGGAGGAGAGCUACCAAAUGCUGAGGGAAAGAGAGAGAAGUCAUGCGUAUUUGCGUGACUGUGCUAAGGCUUACUUCUCCAGGAUGGACCAUACUGAUUUCAUCCCUCGUCUACGCUUGAUCAUGGUUCAAUGGAUUGUGGAGCAAUGUUCUGACAUGGGGCUUCAGCAAGAGACCUUGUUUCUUGGAGUUAGUCUGCUCGAUCGAUUCCUGAGCAAGGGAUCCUUCAACAGCGAGAGGACUCUGGUACUAGUCGGGAUUGCGAGUCUUACUUUGGCCACCAGGAUUGAAGAAAACCAACCUUACAAUAGCAUCCGGAAAAGGAACUUCUACAUUGAGAACCUAAAGUAUAGCCGUCAUGAAGUGGUGGCAAUGGAGUGGCUGAUUCAAGAAGUCCUCAACUUCAAAUGCUUCUCACCCACAAUCUUUAACUUCUUAUGGUUUUACCUAAAAGCUGCUCGAGCCAGUCCAGAAAUUGAAAGGGUAGCGAAAUCAUUUGCUGUUACCUCCCUUGCCGAUCACACUCAACUCUGUUUUUGGCCCUCGAGCGUAGCAGCUGGACUCGUAGUUCUCGCCUGCAUCAAACACAACAAAAUCUCAGCCUACCAACGAGUUGUAAAGGUUCAUGUUAGAACAAAAGAUAACGACCUGCAUGAAUGCGUCGAGGUAUCUUCUAAACAUCACUCUCAUAGUGUCAUUCUCUACUACGAGGGUUAA